AGCUAACUAGGUGGCCAGACCUCAUCUACCUGCUGAUAAAAAAAACUACCCAGGCAGUUGAACUGAUGAUAUAUGGAUAUAUUGUUUACCUCGAAAUGUGUUCUUUUUCUUCUUUCUGCAUCUGCAACUGUCUGGUCUGGUCCCAUCUCGCCACCUUUCAGGGAUUCACCAUAUCGUUAGUCAAUUUCUCUUUAAAAUUUUGCUUAUUCUAAGUUCAAUGACACUAAUAUGAACAUUUCCUGGCAACUAGCUUCAAACAAAGAGGUCAUAUAUAUAUAGAAGCACAAAGAUUUUUUCCCCAUGGAAAGUUGAUCAUCCACUCCGUACGUUUUCGUAAUCUCAAUCGUCGAACAUCCCUGCAUAUUUCCCAGUUUUACGAAACUAGGUUGAUCGGAAACGCACUGCAUGCAUGUCCUUCUUGAACAGGAUGAACUCCUUUACGACCACACUUCUAAUAGUUUGAGUACCAUACGUAAAUCUUGUUAAAACCCACUAACUCACACCACUAUUUAAGCCAGAUUGACUCCUCCUUUUGUAAUUUACCUCAAACAUGAUAAUAAUUAGUUGAGUACGUUACCACUUCCAUAUUUUCUGACUUCAAACCAUACCGGCAAUACAACCACAUAACUACUCACAUGAAGAUGUUUACUUAUCCAAGUGGACAAAACCACAUUGAUCCCAAAUAGGGAAAAAUGCAGUUGCAAGUAUAGAAUAGAUCAUCGUUGCACACACGAAAGUACACCAAACCACUCCUACUAUACAAGUGGAACCAACCAACAAAACCUUCUUUUGCCUUUCAACUUUUGUCUUCAUCCCUAACUUCCCCACACACACUCUGAAAUUUAACCAACUUAUCUAUCAACUCACAACUUCUGUCACAGAAGAGAGAGAGAGGGAGAGAGAGAGUGAGAGAUGAGAGAGAGAGAGGUCCCAUUUCUAGCACCUCUCCACUCUUAUUUAUAGCAACCAUAUUUCCCUCACAAAAUUUGAGCACCCUUUCCUUCAGUUUCUUCUCUUAUCUUCACUGUUGUCAUCAACAAUGGCUGCUGCUACUGCUCUCUCUUUAGCUCUGCUCUUUCUACUACUGGUAAUUCUCAGUAACCCUUCUUCAGCCGUUAAUGCUCAACAAAACCCACCUAGCCCUGGCUACUUCCCUAGCUACAGAGCACAAUCCGUUGAUUUCAACCAAAAGUACAGAACCCUUUGGGGUCCUCAGCACCAGAGACUUGACCAGGACGCAUUGACGAUUUGGCUCGAUCGUUCCACAGGAAGUGGGUUCAAGUCGGUUGAGUCAUACAGAUCGGGAUACUUCGGUGCUUCAAUGAAGCUUCAGCCCGGCUACACCGCCGGCGUCAUUACUUGUUUCUAUUUGUCGAACAAUGAGGCGCACCCAGGGAAGCACGACGAGAUCGACAUCGAGUUCUUGGGUACGAUUCCUGGGGAGCAGUACACGUUGCAGACGAAUGUGUACAUUAGGGGAAGUGGGGAUAGGAACAUCAUAGGCAGAGAGAUGCAGUUCCAUCUCUGGUUCGACCCUACUCAGGAUUUCCACAAUUACGCUAUCCUUUGGGACCCUAGUGAAAUUAUAUUUUUCGUGGAUGAUGUGCCAAUCAGGAGGUAUCCACGGAAGAGCGACGCGACGUUCCCAGAGAGACCAAUGUGGGUGUACGGCUCGAUCUGGGACGCCUCGGAUUGGGCCACGGAUCAUGGCAGGUAUCGAGCCGAUUACAACUACCAACCUUUCGUCGGUAGGUACAAGGGGUUCAAGAUCGGAGGCUGCACCGUCGACGCGAGUCCCGGAUGUUGGGCGACGUCCGGGUCGCCGAGGGGGUUCGGGGGGUUGAGCUCGCAACAGGAGAGAGCCAUGGUCUGGGUGCAGAACAACUACAUGGUGUACGACUACUGUUCUGACCCACAGAGGGAUCACACCCACACGCCUGAGUGUUAGUGCAAGCUAGUACUACAUCGGCGAAGUAAAUUGUCACAAAGUUUAAUAACGAUAAAGCUGUAAUUAUGAAAUAUUUGCCCAUAAAAAUUGGGGAUUGAAGUGUGUGCAUUUGGAUAGUGAAGAAUUGGGAGCCAUGGAGGGUUAUUUGGGAUGUGGUGAGGAUGGUCCUCAAAGUUAACUACUUUUGCAAAGAGUAGUUGAGCAUCCAAGCCCUAAGUGUCUCCUAACUUAUUUGGUUUGUUGUUGUUGUUUAGGGGAAUAUUGGACAAUCAAGUUAAUAGGUCAAUAAUUUUGAUGUGUGUUUUGUACUAUUGUCCUUGUGUUGUCAUUACUAAUGAGUAAUGAUGCAACAAUAAUGAUGAACACGUCCACAUAAAAUUUGGAGGGAUUUCGUAUGAAGAACAUGUGGAUGCUCUGACAAAAGGAUAUGGGAAAAGGAAGGUGGUGGUGGGGAUGGGAAAUGGGUGUUUGGAUUGAGAUUGGCUUUGGCCCAUGAAGUUGAUAAAAUGGAUUUAAAGAUAGAAAGAGAUUGGUUCCUAUUCAAUUCAAUGUGGUUUUGGGGGGUGUUUCUCCUUUUUGUCACCCAUAUGUUAAUAAUUCACAAUAUGAGAGGACUUGAUUAGUGAAUUGUAGUUUAUGUUUGGAUGGUGAAAGAGAAAAUGAAAAAGAUUUAUAACGAGAAUGAGGUUACAUUUAUGAUGAAUGAAAGGAUGAGCCAUAAUUGUUGAUUCUCAUAUGGUCUCAUUAAAUUUAAUCGGCGGAGUUUUGUUGAGAUCUUUCUGUGUUAUGAUUGUUGUUGUUCUCGUCAACCAUUUCCAUCUAGCUCUCAUAAAACGGUAACAGAUCAUAUACGUCUAAUUAAACAAAAUAGGUUUGUAAUAGUAACGACGAAAAACAUACGCCGUUUGUGAGGGGAUGGAUCGCGCAUGUGAUCGAAUAUAUAGCUAAAAAAGGUUGGUUGCAAGAAGUUCUUUGAUAGGGCGUGAUGACUGGCAAGGGCCACACCCGACGAUAAUUUCCUGUGUAAAAAGAAGUUAAAUCAUAUGAAAAAAAAACAUCAAAGUGAGUAAUGAACAAGUACACAUUUUAUGUCAACCAUGCAUAAAGAAAAAAAUGACGCCAACUUAGUAUGGUUUCUCCGACGAUCGGGUCUAACUAUCCUACGAGAAAGGAGAAAGUUCCCAAGCUAUAUAAGUUACAUUGUGCUAAUGUACAGUCGAAAAUGGUCAAACCUUUUGAACAUUCUCAUCGUUUCUUUGCCAUAAUGGUCUUCUUCCCAUACCUAGAAAGCAAAGCAACUCCUUAUUAGAUUCUCUCACCUGGCCAGGUUAUGGACCAUAGUACUUUGUCUGUCUGUGUCGCCUGAUAUCUGAUCACAUGUGUGGACUGUGAAUCGUAUAAUGGAUUUUUCCCCUCGACCACUUUCUCUCACUCUUUCUUUUGGCACAGACAAAAAAGAAUUUCGUAUAAUCGUGGGUCAUGCUCAUACAAAGCUAAGCCCGGCCCAUCAACUUUCAGCCCAUCUGGUUGAUCUGGAUUGUGCUGAGCGAAUUCCAUAAGAAGGCAGUAAUAUAGGACACCCACUUCGACAACAUGGACUGGCCCAUGGGCCAUGAGUACUUACAAUUGGAUUACCCUAAGGUGUGAGUACGGCCCAUGAAUCACGGUUUAAUUUGGAGUCGUUUGUCCAGUAAUGAGCUACACCCACUAAAAGAAGCGUUUUACGAUAAUAUAUAUAAAAACUGAGUUGAUAAACUAACAAGCAACCGACCUUAGCUCAGUUGGUAGAGCGGAGGACUGUAGUGGUUAGAUCUGCCAGUUAAUCCUUAGGUCACUGGUUCGAAUCCGGUAGGUCGGAAUUUUUUUUUUCUUCAUUCCACGUGUAUUUAUUUCAUCAGAAAAAUAUGAAUAUCCAUUGCCUGUCAAUAUAAGGCCCGUAGCCCA